GAACCAAUACGCCCAAACAAAAAUACUCUGUUAAAAGUAGAAAUACAGAUUCUAUUUAUUUAAUACUAAUCAUUGAAUGUUCCCCAGUACUGACGUGCGUGUGUGUAAAAAAACAAACUUUUUUUAUUUUCUUUUUAAAUUUUACUUUUUCUCGAAAAUACGUAAAACGUCUCGAGAAUAUAUGGAGGUCCCGUGUAAUUUUCAAUGGACAGCAUUUGAUGAGAGUUAGUCAUUUGUCCAAAACGUUCACGAAAGUUGGAAAAAGGUGAUUUUCAUUGAACAGUACUUUAAAUUGUGAUGACUUUAAGUUUUUGGGGGGGGCCGGGGUUGUUGAAAAAAAAUCACAAAUCAUCGAUUAAACAGACAAAAUAAUUGACAGAAUAAUCGAUAAAGUAAUUGUUAGUUGCAGCCAUAAUAUCAAUACAAAAUAUACCUGCGAGGUGCAGGUACUAUUUUGUCCACUUUUAAUCCUCUCCUUCGACAUCGUCGUAUUUGUGACUGAGUGUGUGUGGUUUAAAAAGGCGGGGCCAAGGUCCCGCUGUAGGGCAGUUUGACUGGUCAGCAUUGGAAGUUAUGCGAGUGUCGCCAUCGUCAGGUCCGACGUGCGAUCUUGUUCAGCUGGCGGCGGUGAGCGGGGACCGCUCCCUCAACCUCUACACGGUCCCUCGUUGUCGAAUGGAACCGGGCGCCGCCAGGGUGACGGGCCUGAGGGUGCGCCGACACAAACUCUACCUGCACCGCCGCGCUGUCCCCACCAGCCCCCUGCAGGAGGUGCUGCUGUGCUUUGUCACUUUCUUGCGAGCGCUCGGACGCCCCCUGCUGGCAGGCCACAACAUCCGCCGCUUUGACUGCCGCGUGCUGGCCCGAGCCCUGGACGAGACAGGCCUGCGGACACAGUUCGAGGCGUCCGUCGCUGGCUGCGUGGACACGCUGCCCGUGGCCCGGGAGGUGCUGAAGGAUUGCGGCAUGCGCAGCUUCAAGCAGGAGUACCUGGUGAAGGAGCUGAUGGGCGUGGACUACAAGGCACACGACGCAUUGGAAGACGUGCGCUCUUUGCAGACGCUUUACUACGUGCUGCAGCCCAAGCCGGAGGUGGUGGCGCGCUACACGUUCGGACUGAGUGACGUGCAAGUGGUCGCCAAGGAGGAAUUGACCGCAGGUCCCAAAGGCAAGCGUCUGCUGCCGGGACAGCGCCUCCUUUGGCAGCACCUGGAACAACCAGAGAAGGAUCACUAAUGGCAAAGAGGCGUAGCAUCACAGAACGUAGCAUUGACAUUGUCGA